AUGAUCCGUAUUGAAAUGCUGGGGGGGAGAGAGUUUAAAUGCGCCGAAGCAGGCGAGGCUAGCUCUGUUUAUUCGAACAACGGCGAAUUCUGUCCAAUCAACAAAGAUGCCCUUCUGAAAGGCGCGCAGCUCACAGACUCCCUAUCUAUCGGCGGCUCUAUAGCCGUCUUGGUGGCCUACAUCAUUGUCGUCAGAACGCUCGGAUACUUUGCUCUAAAGCUCGUUCAUACAUCUCACAAGCCCAAGAAAUCCAGUUGGAGAGAAAGCAUGUAGUAUAGACCACAUGUGUAGUAGAUCCGUUUGCAACAACUUGCUAUCAUGUGAGUUGGUCCAUCUUUAGAAAGAAGGGUAUUUAUUUUUGUUUUUAUGAUUACAUAUUUAGUGUUUCACUGGUC